AUGGCUCCCAGUUCACCCGAGUCGACCCCCUACGAAACAGCCAAACAGCCCACCGCCCAAAUCAAAGAUGAAUCUCACGACGGCGCCCUGCAACUUCUUGCCGCCGGCAGCAGCGCGACGACCCUUGACCCAGAAGCCGCGCGCAAGCUCGUGCGCAAAAUCGACCUCUACAUCAUGCCGCUAAUUUGCGUCGUCUAUUUUCUGCAGUAUCUCGAUAAGAUCGCCAUCAGCUACGCUAGCGUGACGGGGCUGCGGGAAUCGGCCCACCUGCACGGCAACCAGUACAACUGGGUCUCGAGCAUCUUCUUCUUCGGACAGCUGGCGUUCAGCUUCCCAACGGUGCGACUGCUGCAGGCCUUCCCUCUGGCGCGCUACGUCGCCGUCAAUGUGAUCCUCUGGGGCGCGAUUCUCGCCUGCAUGGCGGCGUGCCACUCGUUCGCGGCGCUGAUGGUCUGCCGUACGUUUCUGGGGGUGGCUGAGGCAGCGAUUGUGCCCGCGUGGGUGGUCUUCACGUCGCAGUGGUAUCGCAAGGAGGAGCAGGCCUUCCGGGUCGGGGUGUGGUUCGCCAUGUGCGGGUUCGCGCAGAUGUUCGGCGGCUACAUUGCGUACGGAAUCGCGGUGCAUGUCGGGGACAGUGCGGCGCUGCGCGGGUGGCAGAUCAUCUUCCUGGUGCUGGGCGGGUUCACCGUGCUCGUCGGUGCGGUGUUUCUCUUCCUCCUACCGGAUUCGCCCGUCACGGCGCGGUUUCUGUCCCCCGCGGAGAAGGCGCUGCAUGCGGAGCGGCUGCGCGGGAACGAGCAGGGUAUCGGGAGUACAAUCUUCAAGAAGGCACAGGUCGUCGAGGCGCUGACGGACCCCCUGACCUGGUUGUAUGCCUUCUGGGUGUUUGCGGCCAAUGUACCCAAUUCGAUUGCGACGAGCUUUGGGAAUAUUCUGGUGACGGGGAUGGGGUAUUCCUCGCGGCAGAGCCUGUUACUGGUCACGCCUUUGGGGGCGUAUGAGGUUGUGGUGUUGGUUGGGUUGACGUAUCUGAGUAUGAGGACGGAGCAGAGGCUGUUCUGGUGUAUCGUCGGGCACAUACCGUCGAUUGUGGGGGCGAUUCUCAUGGCCACAACGGAGAAGACCCCCGCGUUGAUCGGGUACUAUCUGUCCGGGGGCAUCCCCAUCGGAUGGACGACGAUCCUGGGUCUGACCAGUACGAACGUGGCCGGGUCGACCAAGAAGAUCACCGUCUCGUGCAUCCAGACCGUCGCCUACACGGUGGGCAAUAUCAUCUCCCCGCAGACCUUCCAGGCCAAAGAUGCCCCGCGGUAUCUCCCCGCCAAGAUCUCCAUCGUCGUGCUGUAUGCUCUGAUCACGCUAGAUCUGUGUCUUAUUCGGUGGGUGUCGGUGCGUGAGAACCGAAAGCGAGACACGGAGAAGGAGGCCGCGGGCGAGGCGUAUGUUGUGCAGCAGAAUCAUGAGUUCAUGGACUUGACAGACCGAGAGAACUGCGAGUUCCGAUAUGCCAUCUAG